AUGGGGCUUACAUCGAAUAUUUUCGUUCAGAAGAGGAACAACACUACUAGUCUCAAACAGCCUAAGGAACUCGGCUUCUAUUCAAAAACGCAGGAUUCGACGAUAUUAGUGGGAGAUGCCUCAAAGUUGAGCUAUUUUUAUUUUCCUGAUGCUCUUUUGGAUAAAGAACUAGAUUUGACCGCGGGGAUAAAGAAAUUCAAAGAAUGCUCAAAAAGUCAUGCAGUAGAUCCGUGCAGUCUUCAUGGACUGCUUUCAACAAUUCAAGCGUAUGAGAUACGGAAAAAUAAGAGGGUAAGUGCAGAUAUCAUCACAUUUAGAGGUGUCAUAAGAAAGCUGAUAUCUAGUGCGUUUGACAGUCCCAAGUUCAAUCCCGUUGAUCUAAGGAUUAUUGUAUUUGACGGUCAAAUAUUUAUAAAGGAGUUCAAUCAGCCACAUACAUCUUCUGGAACUCCACAAUCGGUCGAGUUUCGUUCAUAUUAUAGUGGAUACAAGUUCGAAAGCUUGGUGACAAUUCCCAAACCCCUUCCAAAUGUCUCGCGAACAUCCCUGGAGAAACGUCCGAAGAAAAUUGUCAAUAACGGAGAUCAAUUUAUAAGUGUUGUUAGAACUGGUGUUGGACGUUCUAAAUUGGUUUUGGGGGCUGAAAUUGAUUGCAUUUUCGAUUUUAAGGAGGACUCGAUUGACAAUUUGAAACAUUACGCUGAACUUAAGUGCACAAAAGGUGUUACCACAUUUGCAGAAGCACAGCGUUUUGAAAGAAAAAUCUUUAGGACAUGGUUACAAUGUUUCUUAGUUGGGGUAAAUAGAAUCAUCUACGGUUUCAGGGACGAUAAUUUCAUUCUGAGAAGUGUUGAGGAAUACACAACCAACGAAAUCCCUCUUAUCCUCAAAGAAAACAACCCUCAAUUAUCCAAUGUUUGCCUUGAUGCGAUCAAGUGGUACGGCGCUUUCACUGAAUGGCUACUAGCAACGCUUCCCAGGGAUAACGACCCAGGUUUGAUAACAGCAUACAGAUUAGUCUUCGAGAACAACCAUCUAAAGUUAACGGAGAUAGAGAAUGGGCACCCCGAGUAUGAAGGGUUGGUUAAGGGCGAAGAUGUUUUAAGUGAUGAAUUUAAGAAAUGGAGGAUGUCGGCCAGUAUUUGA